AUGGUCAGUGUUGCGAUCAAGUCUCUGAAAUUGAAGCUGGAACACGCUCUCUCUCUGCAUGCCGUUGAAGUUGCCUUUAAAAUCAACUUGAAACUUUGCUCCUUUGUUGCCUCUCUCUCUCUCUCUCUCUCUCUCUCUCUCUCUCUCUCUCUCUCAUUUGGACGCGAGAGCGGAGAGGGCGCAACGGAUCGAUCUCGUCGGAGGAGCAGGAUGGCAGCGCCGGGGUGUUUGGAUGAGGGUUGCAUGGGAUGUGCAGACUGCGUCAAGUGUGACGCAUGUGAAGGCUGUGCUGAUGUACUUCGACAACAUCGAAACCCCAUCUCCAGUAUCAGUGCCGGCGUCUUGUUUGCGGUCGGAUGGUGGUUCAUGAUCGAUGCCGCCGUCAACGACCAUGUCAUCAAAAAGCACCAUGCCAUCGGCGUCAUGUCCACCGUCGGCAUGUUCAUGGUCAAUGCCAUCUCGUCAGAAAUGAUUGGCAGUGGCAUGUACACGGAGGGUGCAUUGGGUCCAAUUGGUGCCCGCAUUUGGCUCGUCUUGGGCCUCGUCAUGUCCUUUGGAUCCCUGAUUGCCGCCGUGUGGAUGAUGGUCAUCUACGUGCAGCGAGCCUUACAUCCACUGACAAUCCUUUGCUCCAUCUCAACCAUCCCAACCCUCUUCCCCCACCCACCCACGUUCAAUGCCCUGUUUGGCUUACUUCCCGGUAGCUCCGUCAUCUUCAAGUUUGGUCGUGGCGAUCCGUACGAUUCAUUGGGCUUCUAG